AUGACCACCCCAAUCAGCCCCACGGCCGUCCUUAUCACAGGCGCGAAUCGAGGCCUAGGGCGAGCUCUAGCCACGCGGUUUUUGCUCCAGCCAAACACCACCCUGAUAGCAGCUGUGCGCGAUCCCGAGCACCCCACGAGCAAAGCCCUCUUUGAUCUCCCCCGCGGCGACGGCACCACGGUGAUCGUCGUCAAGAUCGACUCUCUAUCGGACACGGACGCACAAGACGCCGUCAAGACUCUGCAGACUGACCAUGGAAUCCACAAGCUGGACAUCGUCGUGGCGAAUGCGGGCCACGGCACGGUGUUUGGCGAUCUAUCACUAGUCAAGCCCCACGAAGUCCGCCAUCUCGUCGACGUGAAUACCAUAGGCCCCCUGUGCCUCUUCCAAGCCGUCCGGCCCCUCCUCGAAGCAGGCAACCGGCCCCGCUUCGUGCUGAUCGGCACCCCGAUCGCCAGCAUCGGGGCCAUGGAGAACUCGCCGUUCCCCAUGUUUGCCUACGGCGCGAGUAAAGCUGCCGCGCACUACUUGACGCGGAAGAUCCACUGCGAGAGUCCGGGGCUUAUUUCUUUUGUGGUGGACCCUGGGUUCAUGCAGACGGAUAUGGGAAAUACCGGUGCGCGGCACUUCGGCUACGAGCAAGCGUUUGUGCCGGUUGACAAGUCUGCCGAUUUUGUGUUCGACCAGAUCAAGAAGGCAACAAGGGAGCAGACAUCGGGCAAGUUCGUCACCAUCGACGAGACGCGAGAAUUCAAUGAAUGGUAA